ACCAACGCAUCAUCAUCAAUUAAUAGUAAACAAACGAAGCUUGAUGAUGUGGAUAAAGUCAAAAUAAGAAAACUAUACAGUAAUUUGGAUGAAGAAAAGAUGUGGAAGCUUAAAACAGGGACAAUUGUAGAGAGACAAAUGGAACGUUUCGCCUUAAUAUGCAACUUCGAGCAGUGA